AACUAUACCUCCCCUGAAAAGGACAUCUUCAUUGAGGCUCUUUAGCCUUGCGCAACGUCGAAUACCCUACAAUUGACCAAUGGGAAAAGAAGACCCUCGUAUUCAUUAACCUUAACAACCCCGUCGACUUUCAAACCAAAGUAACCGAAGCAUUUCGGACAUGAGACGAAAGACGGCUAACUCGGCCUUGGUAUUUGCCUGAUGGUUCGACGUUCCGCAUUACCCCAUUACCCCCCCCGUGUUGAUCGGCGGGUAAGUUGUUGAUAAAAAGCGUGAAAGAUCUCAUUUUCAAUAUGAUCGACAUUCUUCUGCUCAUUUAUCACUUUUCGAUUCUAUCAUCCUUCUGUGAAGGGACCUUGCUUCAUUCGUAAUAUUUUAUUCGUUCGUUCUUAGCUGGUUCUGAGCAUUCUCCCUCCCUCUUACACAUAACCCCGUUAAUACUAUCCGUACUCGUCAAACCAUCAUAAUGCGUACUUCAUUCUCUAUCGCCGCCAUCCUUGUUGGCACCGCAGUCGCGGCCCCCAUCAUUCCUUUCGUCACUACGACUGCAGUGAUACCGCUGCAAGAUGAUGCCACCGGUUCAUUGAGCGCGGCUACAGAGGUUAGCCGAAGACAAAGCGCUAAGCAAGCCUGCUUCGUCGUUGGCAGCACAACUCUACCCCAGGAAGUCGCCGACGUCGCCGCCAGCCUAGCCUCAACUGUCACAUGCAGCAAGUCCGCCACGACUAUCUCUGGUGUGCCAGACGUUACAUCUGGAUCCACGACCUUCUCGUCCAUCGACUUCAGCAAGUCUAAGCAGACCGGACUCCAGUUCGCGCUGUCGCAGUUCGCAACAGCUGAGCCUCUUGCCAGCACGGAUCUGCAGAAAUUCCAGGACAUGCUUAACGUAUACGAGGCUACUGAAGCUGGUAUCCGUAGCGUCGGCGGUUCUUUAGCUAUUAAAGUUCCAAAAUUCUUCCUCGAGAUGCAGGUGUCGCGAAUCCAGACCGCUCAAGGGAACCCGCCGGCUGCUGCUGGGCUCCAGGUCGACCACCUCCGCGACAAGGUCCUGAAAAACGCACCUAAGGAGGCCGCAGACCUAUUAAACCAGGUCACGCAACUCGCGACGCAGCUGAGCUAGAUACCUUGGAGAGGGAUUAAUGAAUAGUACAGAUAUUUGUAUAUGGCAUUCGCAUUAUUCGCAAGACGUCAACAUAGCUGAUCUAGCUAGGAAACGUUUAUAAU